AUGACUACACGCACGGAUGUCCUGGUUGCAAAAAUGCAGCAAUUACAGAAAGAACUGAAAAUAGCCAAUGAUUUGAACAAAAGACUCCUUCAAGAACAGGAAGAGAGUGAACAGCAAUUUGAGUGUGUUGUUAGAACAAACACAACCCUCAAAACUCAGCUCGCUAAUCAGGAUGUUGAGUUUGAAGACAUGCAGGGGCAGUGGGAUGAACUACAAGCUGCCGUUGAUCAGUUCAAGACUUGUCAGGAGAUACACGAGCAGGCAUUACAACGCAUCCAGGACUUAGAACAGCAGCUGGAGGAGUCGGAAUCAAAACAUACUUGCAAGUAUUGUUCGGGCCACUCCGGACCGCCAGACAAUAAUUUAAGUAUUUUUGCUGAACUCAAUAGUUUUGAUGUAGAUAUAGUUUAUGACAACAUAGAGUGCUCCCCUAUGGUAGAAACUGUUAAUUCAAAAAGUUCUGUGCACAUAGAGGGCAGUAAUGAUAUUAGAGUCACACUGAAAGGAUCCAAAAAAAUUAAAAAAUAUUUAAAACUUAGUAGAUUCAUAAAGAAAUCUAAACUUUUGCUAAAACGCCAUAAUUCAAUGUUCAAGACAAUACAAUCCAAAUGUAAGGGUGUCGCCUUAAGCGCUGACCUUCUAAACUGCCAACACCAACUAGACCGGACAGUAGAAGAAUUGAAUCAUCGCUCCGAUGAAUUAAGAAAAUUAGAAUUAAAGUUGAUAAGCCUAAAUAAUAGAGACGAACUGUCAAGUAAAGCGUUACAGGAAUACAUAGCCUUUAUGAAUAAUGUUUUAGAACCGGGCAGCGGCUACCAUCUGCGUAUGGACUCGCCGCGGCCCCCGACACGCCCCGCCGCGCCGGAGUCGCCCGCGCUGCGCGCCGUCCUGGCCGCGCCGGGCUCGCCCGCGCUGCGCGCCCUGUUUGCGUCGCGCGCCUCCCUCGUGUCUGAGCUGCGCAGCGACUCCGAGCCUGCCCCCAGCCGAGUGGAUUCGGCGCCCCCGCUGCCAACAUCACCGCCGUGCCUAGUCGAGCAGGUUCCAUCGUGGCCGGGCUUCGCUGAGCCGGUUCCAUCGCUGCCGGGCCUUGUCGAGCCGGCUCCAUCACCGCCGAGCCUUGUCGAGCCGGCUCCAUCACCGCCGAGCCUUGUCCAGCUGGCUCUAUCACUGCUGACCUAUGUCGAGCCUGCUCCACCGCCGCCUCGCCUCCCCUCGCCAGCACCAUCGCCGCAGAGCCUUGUUGAGCUGGCUUCAUCGCCGCCGCGCCUUGUUGAGCUGGCUCCAUCGCCGCCACGCCCUGAUGAGCUGGCUCCAUCGCUGGCUCCAUCGCCACCACGCCUUGUUGAGCUGGCUCCAUCGCCGCCACGCCUUGUUGAGCUGGCUCCAUCGCCGCCACGCCUUGUUGAGCUGGCUCCAUCGCCGCCACGCCUUGUUGAGCUGGCUCCAUCGCCGCCACGCCUUGUUGAGCUGGCUCCAUCGCCGCCGCGCCCACGUAUCCCCGCGCGCACCGCCCUGUACUCGGACGAGGGGGGCGCCGGCCUGGGCGCGCUGCUGGCGGAGCGCUUGUCGCGGGGCGUCAUCAACAACUGUCACCCGGGGGCCUCCGUCGAUCGUCUGGUCGAAUGUAUUGCCGCGGGCGAGUUUGACCGCGACUCGACGCUUGAGAUCCUGCAAUCGCGGCGGGUCAUUGAUAUUAGUGAAACAUAA